AUGCGAUUCACUAGAGUGCUCGCAAGAUCGGCUAGGACCGAAUGGAGGACGCAGCCUGUUGCUCAUCCUUACAAGCCUGGCAAAUCUUUUGGCUUUUUGCCUAGCGGAUGGCCAGCAUAUGCGCUCUUUGCGGGCUACGCGUUUGUUACACUUGGUGAAAUCGCCCAUCGAAAUCACGCCAUUAUGGAAGGUGGUAUUGCUCGAAGCCCUCUCGCAUCGCGAACCAGAGAUCCCGACAUCGAGAUGGUCAAUUACGAAGGUGCCAUGCAUCGAUUCAGAAUCGGUCGCCUUUCCUACCCCAAAAUCCCACAGUGGUACCUCAGUAUCAAGAUGUGGUUCUACCAGCCCGGUCUUGUCGUGGACCACGCCUCCGUGGCUGUCUACCGAUUCAUCUGGGAGUCCUGCAUUGGCCGACUUCGAGACAUAGUCUACGCGCUAUUACUUUCUGGUGUGUGGACAGUAGCUAUAAUUGCGCUCAAGAAAUUUCAUCAUCCAAAGUGUCGUUAUAAGCCGUUCGAUUUCCUCCUGGCCGAGCUUCCCUGCGUUGACGGAUAUAUUCCCAUUGGUCAAGGUGUUUUUCUAACAGUAUUCUCUCUCCUCUCUAUCGCGUUCUCUUGUCGACUCGGUUUCAACCCCAAUCGUCCGUGGUUAUGGUCGGCUCUGGCUUCAAAUUUACUCAACCUCGCCCUUAUCGGUGUCCUUACUAUAUUGGACUUUGGCUUUAUUGAUAUGAACAUCUGGAGAAAUCACCAUGCGGAUGAAAUCAAAAGACUCUAUCAAAUCGAAGCUAUAUUUGCUGCUUUUCUAACGGUCCAACAUCUAUCUGCCCUCGGACUAACAUUCUUGUCGUUACUUCAACCUUUAUCAGAAUCAUGCUGUAAAGAUGAAAACUCUUCGAAAACGUUAGAGCCUCCCGUCAAAACAUCUUCUGUAUAA